AACCUGUCCGCGAUUCAAUCAGAUUUUGCAGGAAGGGAAGAAUGUAAGAAUCUAAUUAUACUUACAGGUUAUUAAGUUAAUUCCUCCUAUAGAGGCAACCAGUGUCUUCUCAGAAACCCGAGAGGCUUGCCAUCUCUAGUGCGGACAAGAAGAACUUAUGAUGGCACACCUCCCAUGUUUGUCUUUGUCUCUCUGUCUCUCUCUCUCUCUCACACACACACUCACACACACACACACGCGCGCACACGCACGCACGCGCACAGAGAGAGGAAGAGGGUUUGCCCCACAUCUUUGUUGCUAUAACUACCCUCUGUUACGGCAGUCGGUGAUGAAGCCGUCUGCAGGCGACAAACCACGGAUCCACUACUGAUGCCCUUCACAUAGUUUCCCCUCAAAUUUAGCUACACUGAAGAAGAAGAUGAUAAAGAUGAUGUCCUCUCUGCCGUCGGGAAAAAUCCGAAGAAAAACUACAAACGGAUUUUAACAAAACAUUUAUCCACCUUCUGGAUCUCAAACUUUAAAAGAAAUCAUUUUACAGAUUCUCCUGCUGCGACGGUGUGUGGCGUCUGAUUGGGACCUGGUGUGCGUCAGGAGGCUAUGGUGAGGCGAUGUGCACAGGCUGGUGUGAGGAGAGAUGUACCAGCAGCAGUGGAGGAAGAAGGAGAGGUAAAGGAGUGCAUCUUCGUUCAUGGCUGUGCAUCUCGCUCUUGUUCACAGCCCUGUGGGGCCAAACGUCCCCCCAGUGCCCGGACAGUUGCCACUGCGCCUGGGACACGGCCACGGUGCUGUGCUCAGACGCCGGGCUGCGGGAGAUCCCAGAGGGGAUCCCACUGGAAACGGUGUCCCUCCACCUGGAACGCAACUACAUCCGUAACAUCCCUGAGAGUGCCUUCCGUGACCUGGUCCAUCUGCGUGACCUCUACCUGUCGCACAACCGCAUUGACUCCCUCGCCUCUGGGGCUCUUCGACAUCUGGGCCCCGAGCUGCGCCUGCUGGACCUCUCACAUAACCAGCUGAGACAGGCCAGCAGGGAGGAGUUUGGCUCCACUCGUGCAAAGACACGCCUCUACCACAACCCCUGGCACUGUGACUGCGCCCUUCAGGAGCUCAUGGAGACUCUGAACCUGGAGCCUGAGACGGUGAAUGGGAUCAUCUGUGAGAGCUCUGUUCGGGGGGUGGGUGAAGGGAGCAGGUGGGAGGACCCGGGGUCGCUGGGCGAGCACGCAGGUCAACCGCUGGUCAAACUGUUGGAUUCUGGGGUGAAUUUUUGCAGCCUGCAGAGGAAAACCACUGAUGUAGCCAUGCUGGUGACAAUGUUUGUGUGGUUCUUUAUGGUCAUCGUGUAUGUAGUGUACUAUGUAAGACAGAACCAAGCCGAAGCCCGUAGGCAUUUGGAGUACCUGAAGAGUUUGCCCAGCCCGCGCAAGACCCCCACAGAGACAGACACUCUAAGCACAGGUUUCUGAGCUCCGGCUCGGCUGUAAUUUAAAUGGAAUAAUAAUAAUAGUAAUAAAAUCCCAUUUUUAUGGAGAGUGACUGAUAAACUCUGUAAGCUGCCUGUGGAAGAUGCUGAUAAAGAGGAAAUUAUCCUUUUACAGCUGUGUUUUGUGAUUGCAACAUUUCUUUAUAUUUGUUACUACUGAGCCCCCCGAUGUUUUUCUUGAUAUUUCUUUACCUCAAUUUAAUGAAAAAUGAGAAGUGAGUGUUUGUUAAUGUUUACUCAUUCUACAAUGUGCAUUGAGAGAAAAGAGUGGAAACGGAAAAACAAAAAGCAGCAGAUGGAAGAUGAAAGGAUGAAAUAGGAAAAGAAAGGAACUUCUUUGAACUUUAUAACCUUCUAACUCCCUCUGUUGUCCCUCUUUCCUUUUCUUUUCUUCUCUCGCCGUGGUCUUCUAUCUUUCAUUAAGCCCUAAUUAGCAGUCUUUAACCAACUGACCCUUAAUGAACACUUGAAAGGCACUAAUCAACAGGAGUGUGUUCAUCAGGUCAAAAAGGAGAAUGUGCAAACUCAAAUGUGUGUCCCCAUCUAAUUGCUUGUUUCAUUUGUGUGUGUGUGUGUGUGUGUGUGUGUGUGUGUGUGUGUGUGUGUGUGUGUGUGUGUGUGUGUGUGUGUGCAUUGUUACGGCCAUUUUUACUCCGAUAACAUUGAUUUUGCACGGAUGCUAUUUAAGCCUUUCCCAAUACAUAACCACUAAGCCAGUUGUUUCGGUGCCAGUGGAGAACUGCUGAUCUAAAUUUACUCUCAGGAAGCCAUUAGAGCUGGAGGUAAACUAUUUUGUCUCCAUGCUCCACCAAUCAGCUCUAAAAUAUCUGGGCAGCUUAGUGUACAUAUAGUUGUCACUGAUUGGUACAGAGAAAAUUCAGCCAGAUUUAGAAGUGGAUUAUUGUUAAAAUUUAGUAUAACCAUUUAUCCUGAGGGACGCUUUUAGUUUGGCUUUAAUUAAUCUCUUGAGUCCUGCUUUUUAGUCCUCUCUGCACUGAUUGCUGUGUACAAAUCGUUCUGUCUCCCAUUUUCCACAUAGGCUGUAUCAUAAUUGAUUUUUUUUCGAGCCACUGUAAAAAUAAGCAAAACACUUUGAUAAUAAAUUGAAUAAUUUUCUCUUUUCAUUUAAUGAAUGAAAUGUUAAGAUUAAUGCCAUUCCUGACGUGUAUGCUGUAGAUGCACUGAAUAUCUGGCUCAGUGUUCUGCAUAAAUGGAACAAAACCUGACUGGAUUAACAGCCACAUUUUCUAAUUUCACUUGAGUUCAUUGUAAUCAUAUUUAUUGUGGCAAUACCUGCGGAGCAUUAUCCUCUGAGCGGAGUGUGCAUCCUGUGGUUAAUGUAUAAGUACUUGUCAUUCUUCACUGUUACAAAUACAAACAGUUUAAGGCCUCUCUCAGUCUGAUUGUCAGAAACAUUUAAUGUGUCUUUAGAUCAGUGGUUCCCAACCUGGGUGGAAGGUCCCCAACAAGAACAAGAAAUUAGAUGUAAGCGGUCACAAGAUUACUGACAAGAUAUUAAAGCAGGAAAAAAUACACUACACAAAAUUAGGUUCAGUUUUUUCAGACUUUUCCCUUAACGUUUUGUUGUUACAUAUAAUUGGAUAAUAAGGGCCAGAAGCAGCCAUUGCUUUGUUUUAAGGGGUCACAAACCAAAUAGGUUGGGAACCACUGAUUUAAGAGGAUGUUUUUGGCCAUGCUAGCAGCAUAGCUCUAUGGAAAUGUUGAUCUGUUGAUCUGUUGAUCUGUUGGUCAAGAGCUAUUGGAUGGAUUAUGAUCAAAUUUGGUACAGAAGUUAAUGUACGUUUGUGAUCCCAUAAUUUUAAUUUACGCUUUGGUUUAGGACUAAAUGCCUGCAAAACUAAUGACAUUCCCAUAAGCAACUAUUGCUAAUUAGCCAAUUUUAGCAUGCUAAACAUCAGCAUGUUAGCAUUGUCCUUGUCAGCAUGUUAACAUACUGACGUUAACAUAUAGCUCUAAGAACCGCUGUGCCUAAGUACAGCCUCAGAGCUGCUAGCAUGGCUGUAGACUCUUAUUCUUGCGUCUUUAAUCUGUGAUGGUUUACAGUGUACAGUUGCAACCCCUCUACGUGUUCAUAGAUGUAAUAAAACGUCAAUGUACCCCAUUUUAUCUAACAAUUGGGUUGGAAAAGUGGAAAAAACUGAGGCAAAACCUAGAAUAGGAACUAACUUUCUGUGUACUGUAAUGUGCUAAAUGUGGUGUGUGUGUUCGUAAUUUACAGAGAAGGACCGGUUGAACUUUGUGCUGUUCAGGUGGAAGACAUACUGUGAAUUAGAAUUAAACUUGAGUGGAAACAUAUUGAUAUUGUUAUGAUAACUGGUCCAUGUAAAAACCUGGUCUUAGUUGGUAGACCACAGGCCAAAACAUCUGAAUAAGAAGUUGGAUAUUUGUUCUGUGAGUUACAAAAGAAAACUGUAUGUGGAUACAUACAUACAUUGUGAAGCACUGUUGGUGUAAAUUUACAUACUCAGAAUGUUUCCUGAAUGUUACCCGCCUGUCACAAAUCAUACAUCUAAUGUUGAUGUGCCAGAGUUUCCCAAAUACAUCUCCACCAUUAGUACAAUCAUUAACCCCCCCCCUUUUUUACAAAACUCAAGAACCAAGCAUGCCUUCUGUGUGCAGUUGUUUCUGUAGGUAUUUUUUAAUGGUGAUGUAUUUCUGUCCCAGUGAUUUGUUUUUCUCUCUUGUUUGUAUGUCGAUAAAUAUUCAAACAAGGUUAAAGUCAUGAUCGGAAACCAUUACAUGAAAUAAUAAAUGAUCUAUCAAAAAUGAUUUUAGGGGGAAAAAAAAGAAACAAAUGUAAAAAAGAAAAGAAACGUUGCUCUACUUUGUUUAUAUAAAUGCUUCUACCUUUUAUUGCUACUGUAGGUGGAAAAAAGGCAAGAAGAUGAAGAGAAGUAAUAGAAGUACAGGAAAACAUUAUUAAUUCACAGAAUGAGCUAAUCAUGCUUGGCAGUGUUUCCUAUUUCUACUCUACCAUGCAUUAAAACUAAAAGAAAAAUGAAUGAAAAACUAUUUUACAUAUAUUUUAAAAAGUACAUGAAAUGAACUGUCACCACCUCCUUCUUCAACUUUUUCAUUGUUUUUUUCAAACAAAACUCAAUCAAACAAAAUCCAAAUGACCCCGCAUUCAUCCAUCUCUUCGCUGCCUUUUCUUGAAAUCUGAGGUGUUUCUCCCCCUGGAAAUAUGUCACCACAAAAACACACAGUGGAAGUGGGGCACAGUGAAAUGUUUAGGUGUGGCUUUUUGUAAAGAAUUUCCUUGGGGAUGAGAAAAAAACCGUUGCCUCAGAUAUUUCCACACGGGGGAGAACGAAACAUGAUAUAAAUAAAAAGCAACUUCAGCCUG